AUGGGGCAGGUCAUGGGCAUUAUCAUCGGUGCUUUCUCUCAGGCUCAGUCCGACCCGCUGGAGAAUUUGCGGCUUGCGGUUGAGCGUGCAGAGGCUGCAGGUGUCGAACAGGAUACGCUCGAUGAUGUGAGGACGAAGCUUGCAGAGCUGGAAAACGAAGUCGGAAAGGAGCUUUCGAUCUCGGUUCGGCAUGCUGUAAGUGGGGAGACGCUCACAGUGGUACGAGCAAGACCGUCGGACACACCGGCCUACCUGCGAGAGCAUGUGCUGAGAGCCACCGGUGACGGAGGUGUGGCUCUUCACUUCCUUUUCCAGUCGCAGGUCUUGGACGAGAAGGUCAGCCUCCGAGACUCCGGCCUGGAGCCGAG